CUUGGCUACCACUCACAACUUGACGCGGAAGUGGUUUACUUAUAACCGGUUAUUUUAAAAUAUCACUAAAUUAUCAACACUCACUACCGGUUCGAGUUUUUCGUGUAUCUAAAUUCAUUAAACGGGUGUAAAUUUUUUAUUUUUUUGAUUUGUGCACUAAUAAUUAAAUUUUUGCAACCAUGUUGAUUACACUUGUUAGAGAAUCUGUGAUGCAGUGCUUCUGUCAUACUUGCCGAGCGCCUUUACCACCAGCACGGAGACGCGGUGCACCGUUCAAGAAAGUGAACACAAAGCCACGAACAAAACAACCGAAGAAAGUAAAAUUCAUUACAACUGAAAUUAGAUGUCAAGAAAAAACUAAGGGUGGAGUCUGUUAUGAAGUGAUUUUAGCUGAACCGGUUGCUCAACCGGCUGUUUUAAAACGGCCUGUUUCACCAAAAGAGAAUAAAAUGUCUGUUCAGGAUAUAGAAGAAAAGUUAAAGGCAGCCGAAGAACGGCGACUAUCUUUAGAAGCCAAUAAAAUGGCUGCACUAGCUGCUAAAAUGUCCAAAAUUGAGGAAGCAUCAAAGAAAAAAGAUGAACAAACUACUCAAUUUAUCAGUCAAACUAAAGAAGCGUUGGAACAAAAAAUGGAAACACAUGUUGAGAAACGAGAAGCGUAUAUUAGUGAUUUGAAAAGUAAAAUGAAGGAUCAUAUUGAAAGUGUAGAGAAAACUCGUUUAACUUUAGAACAACAAACAAGUGAAGUACGAAAUGCGAUAGAAGAAAAAUUGAAAAUUGCUGCCGCUCAUAGAGGUGAACACGUAAUGAAGAUGUUAGAUCGACUCCGAGAACAUGAGGAGCAAGUUCAAAAAGUUCGCAAUAGUAAUGCAGAGAAAUUCAAUCAACUUGAAACGACUAUCCAAGAGAAAUUAGUACAAGCUCAAUCACGUCGUGAACAACUUGAAUCUGAACAAAAAGAGAAGUUACGAAAUCAUAAUACAGUGAAAAUUGCUGAAAUUCGUCAAACAAUUGGUACACAAGAAGCCAAAAAAUCUGAAGAGAAACAUAAGGAACUAGAAAAUAAACUUACUACAGCAGAAUCAAAUCGAGAAAAGGAAAUGCAGCGUAAAUUAGAAAAUAUUAAAAAGAAUGAACGGCGUGCUGAAAUUGUUCGUCAAAACAAAGCAAAUUUAGCCAGCAAAGAAAAUGAAACUGAACAAGUGACAGCUUCUUCAGGCUAAAUAAUAUGAGGCAACAGCAUAUAGAGGGAAAGCUUACAAUAAUUCUGAUUUCCCCCAUCACGACUGCUUCUCAAUACAAACUAUAUAAUAAUUAUGAUUAAAAAAUGUAUAACAAUUUUGCAGCGUACUAUUUUAAAUGUUUCUCCCCUCCUCUAUAUUUUAAUUCCAAAUAUAUGAUCAUAAAAAUAAUAUAAAAUAUUAUUCUUGCAAUUAUAUAAUAAUACUCUAAUUUUAUAUAGUCUAGAAUCUAGACAAAAACAAACCCUCAGUGCCCAUUUCUUUUCUCGAUUUCUCUUAUAUAUAUUAAAAGAAUCCUCCAAUCAGAAGUAGUGUGCUUUGAUUAUUAUUCAACUGAUUUUUACAAUUAGUUACAAAAAAUUCAAUCACUUUAAACAGCCAACAACAAUCGAUGCUCAUUGUAGAAAAUCUUAACUAAUCAUAGAUUGUUAAUAAUGUUAAUAAAAUAACGUAUCAAAUGGAAUACAUUUCGAAUUUGCUGUUUUUAAAAAAAUGAUAUUUUAUUUCAAGAAUUAAAUAAUGGAUGCACCAUCUUUUAUGUCGGCAUGUAAAUAUUGAAUAACUUUGAAUGAAAACAACUGAUUUGAUGUAUAUGAGGGAUUUUUAUUCAAUUUGGACGCCUCUAUUGGCCAAAAGAGGCGUCCAAGUGAAUGCCUCUAUUGGCAUUUUUACUGCGUUUUCCAUUAUCUUUUCGAGCAUUUCAGCGACAUGGACGAUCUGUCAGCAAUAUUAUUUGUGUUAAUUGCACUUUAUAUGGAAAUAAAUCCAAUUUUUCCUUCAAAAUGCUCCGCAAAGUAGUUUCACUGACGCAAAAAUCCUGAGCGUGGUGACGAUACGUCACUUUUGGAUUCAGACCGCUUCAACUUUUUCAUUAGAACGCCUUGGUGUUUGAUGAUUUCCUACUGUUCCGUGCUUAACAAAAUUCGACACAAAGCGCAAAUAUUGUUGUCACAUAGUGUCUGUUGGCCAUGAUAUUUUCGGCGAUACGCACGUUGAGUUAACACAACUGAACGACUAUUUUCAAUGCAUAGCGUCACUAUUUCGAUGUGAAGCGAUUCCUGACUAAAGUUUACUGAAUUUACGUUUAAAAAACGUGGUUAAUCAAUUCAAUCAAUGGAAAAAUAUCAAAAGUUAGUCAGUGUUUACAUACCGACAUAAAAGAUGGCGCACUCUAUAUAUAUAAAACAAAUGUAUUUUCUAUUGUGGAAUUCCGCCAUUGUCUGGAGUCACAGUAAUAGAAAUUUCAAUCUCAACAUACAUACGCACAUUAAAUUCAUUGUGUGGAAAUUCCUUUUUGUUUUGAUAUAAUAUCUACGUCAUUAAUAAAAUUAGUGGGUUUUUUUAUAUGAAAGAAGAUUAAUAUAAAUUCCCCCCUCCCUUUUUUUAAAAGAAAAACAAUACAAUUACAUGUAGUAAUUUUUCAGUAUUGAUACUUAAGUAUAUUAAAUGUAUAAAUUUUAAGAUUAUAGAUGUUUUCUCAUGUUUGAAAAAAUUAUAUAAAAGAAAAAAUGCCGCUGUGUGCUCUUUAAUUUUUGGUUGGUUUUAAUGUCAGUGUGUGCCUCGCAAAAUUAUAUUAUAAAAAAAAUUCCAAAUUAGAUGAAUACGUAUCAAAAAUAACUUAAAGAACGCCUGACUGAUUUUUUUUACAUUACAAAGUGACAUAUCUUUCAUUUUCUGGUCAUCAAGAAUAUCAAAAUGCUUUUUGCUCAAAAAUAUAUAUCAAAUCAGAAAGGUAGAUCUAUAAGUUAAAUAUGAUGACUGCCCUGUGUUAUCUGAAUUUAAAAUGUAGAUUUAAUAAUAAAAUAAAAUAAAACAAUAAUGCCUUCUAAUUGAUUUUAAAAACACAGUUAAUGUCUAGCUAAAAGAUUAGAUUUAAUACUUAAAACUUAUUUUUAGUAUAUUUAGAGUAAGUUUUGUCUCAUCAUUCAAAAUAGCUGCCAAUUUGUAAUUUAACUGCCACUACACACGUCAAAUAAUUUUUAUUAGUUAGUUUGCAUUAUCAGUAAACACAAACUAAUCAAAGAACUGUUAUUAUCUUCAAAGCGCCUUAUUCAGAGUAAGAUAUCUUUCUGAAAAUCUGAGUAGUAAAUUUUAUAAAAUAAGUUACUUUCCAUUUAGAAAAACACAAUUUAAGAGGCGUAUCUAUUUUAUAAACAAGUUAACGACUGAAUAAAAUACUGAAUUUAAGUUUUAAGUAAAUAAAGUUGGUUACAAUUGUGGGGAACAAUUUAGGGAAUGAUUAGGGAGUGAAAAUAUUAGGUAGAAAUUUUUUUGUAAAUUUAUGAACGAACGGAGAGCGUGUGGACGUGACAAAAUUGUAAAUGUUUUAAAAAUUGAAGAAAAUACAACGCGCAUGCUCUGUUUGCAUAUUAUAACAAAUAUAAAUAAUAUUGAUUGAAUGGUUUUUUAAUAAUUAGGCACAAGCUAGCUUCUGUGAUGAGUUAUUAAUUUUUUCUAUACAGUCUUUAUAAAAAAAAAAAAUAGG